AUGGCCUGCUCAAGCGCUUCAAGACCCACCAAAGUUCAAGAACUCCAUGUCUAUGAGAUCAAUGAGAGAGACCGCGCAAGCCCUGCAUAUCUCAGUUUAAGCCAGAAACCUGUUAAUUCUCUUGGAGACCUCGUCCCCUUCACUAACAAAAUAUAUACUGGGGAUCUUCAGAAACGCUUGGGAGUGACAGCAGGCAUCUGCAUUUUGAUCGAGAACAAGCCGGAGAAGAAAGGUGAUCGAUAUGAAGCUAUUUACAGCUUCUAUUUUGGAGACUAUGGUCACAUUUCAGUUCAAGGACCUUAUUUGACCUACGAGGACACGUAUCUGGCUGUGACUGGUGGCUCUGGGAUCUUUGAAGGAGUGUACGGGCAGGUGAAGCUGCACCAGAUUGUGUUCCCUUUCAAGAUCCUCUACACUUUUUACCUCAAGGGGAUUGAGGAUUUGCCUGAGGAGCUUACUGCUGUGAAGCUUGUGGAACCAAGCCCUGCUGUUGAGCCCAGCCCUGCUGCCAAGGCUUGUGAGCCUCAAGCCACUGUCUCCAACUUCACCAACUAA